AGCUCCUUGUGUGGCCUCCAAGCCAGUCCAGUCUUGCACCAUGUGGAGCAGCCUUAUCUCCCACCUGAAGUCUACUGUGACCGUGAAGCGCAGACGAGUCCUCUUGAAAUCCCACAGUGACUGUUUCCUUGGCUCAGAGGGUGUGGAUGUACUGGCAGAAUACAUUGUUAAAGCGAAGGGCUUUGAGGGUGCCGUCAUGUCUCGGGACAAAGUGGUGUGUGUGUGCCAGGCGCUGUUGGAGUGCGGCGUGUUUGAGGCGGUGGGAACCAAAGUGCUGGGAAAAGACAAGAAACAGGAUGCGUUUCAUGACAGCAAGAGCGCUCUUUACAGGUUUGUAGACACAUCUACUCCUUCAAUAGAUGAGUUGGAAAAAGGUGUGCUUGUGAAUGGGAUCCAAAAGUUCUUCACCUGCGCUCCUUCAGACAG